UUCUCCUAUUUAUGAUCGAUAAAUUGUUAUUAUUAUAAAUAAGUUUUGGUAAAUAGACUAGAAACAUAAAUAGAAAUCAUGCCUCCAAAAAGAGCAGUUUUUAUUGUUUAUAUUGAGGACUCUGAUUCUCUGAUUCCUGAACCCUCCUCCCGUUGCUUUGUGGGAGUAGAGUUGUGUUCCUAGUCCUGUUGGGUUCGCAAGCUCGUAGCAGUCGCACCUCAUGGCAUCCACGGUGACCUUCUCAUCACCCUUGUUCUUCUCUUGCUGCCGUCGCUCGAAUCCUUUGACCUUCUAUCAGUAUCAUCCCCAUCCCUCUCUUCGCUUUUUAAUUCCUCCACUCCGUUAUCGUCUUCGAGCUUCCGGUAGAUUCUCCAACUACUCACAGGAAGGUGGUAAUAUGGUCAGCGAUCUGCGCCACUGGGGCGCCAGUGCCGUCGUCGCCAACUAUUAUGUCGAUGACAAUUCUGAAGACGAUGACGAUGAUGAUGACGAAGACCGUAGCUUGGAUUUGCUUGUUCGAUUCAUCCAUAACAUGUUCCGCAAGAUAUCCAGGCGAGCCAGGAAAGCCGUUCGAUCUGUCAUUCCUAUCUCCAUAUCCACUAAAUUGGUGGGAUUUUCUGUUAAUGGGGUCAUAAUAUUGGCAUUCUUGUGGAUUUUGAAGGCGUUUCUUGAGGUGGUCUGCACAAUUGGAAGUUUAGUUUUCCUAAGCAUUUUACUUAUUCGAGGGGUUUGGUCUGGUGUUUCAUAUUUACAAGAAAACCGCAACUAUAACUCAAGCAAUACUGAUGACCAGUCCCAUAGAUGGACGGGUGCACAACCUGUGACUUAGUUUGUUUCUUCACUCUGUAGCCUUCUAGAACAAGAAAGAUGCGUAAGCGAUGACCCAGAGUGGCAGUCUUCAUAUCUGUAGAAAUUCGCCUCUUUCUGAAGGUGACAAAAGAAAGAACAAUAAGGUGCCAACAAAUCCUUACCUGCUCGGGGGAAAAGUAUCUUAAUAGUAGUUACUGUAGAAAAUUGAGGCUGAUUUUUUACAGGAAGCCCGAGACAAGCUACUCUCAGUUGAGACUAAUCCAAACUAAAUAAAACCAGAGUAAAGUGAGUUCAUUUGUAUGGGUACAGUUGUCCAACAUAAGCAUAAACUCAUGAUGUAUAACAUGAAUCGUGAAUUUCUUGUAAUUUUUCCAGGAUAUAAUUAAGAUCUUAUGUAUCAGGAAAAGUUAAUCUA